CGGGAUCAUGCACAGCAGAAUGCUUAACUAACGCAAUGUUGGCAUCUGACGUCAGUGAGAUAAAACUUAUUGGAGUCCAAUUGCAUUCACAUCUUAAGGCAACAGGUGUAUGGGUACGUCACUUCCGGAAAGGAGUAGAACUACCCGAGAUUCAGAGAGACAACAACUAUGACUUCAACUUUCAAGAAACAAGACAUCUUCCACAAGAAGUUACCGUUUUACCAGGCGACGAACUGCGUGUUGAGUGUAGAUAUGACACCACAGGAACUGACAAGGUGACCUGGGGUGGACUUGGAACAACGGAGGAGAUGUGCAUUGCCUUCUUAAUGUACUAUCCAAGAAUAAACAUGACGACAUGCCAAACUGUCUCGAGAACCAGUGAGCUGUUGUCGAUUGCAGGAGUCACUGAAACAACUGAGUCGGAAGAAAAUUACGGAUACUUCAAUGUUGAAGUGACGAAACCUGAAAAUUGGAAGGGAAGAAAGUUUAGAGACAUUUUAAGUAACGAAGUCGACUGGACCAAUGCCACUGUGAGGCAGAGGUUUCAAGAUAU